AUGAACAAGGAAUGCCAGAAAUUGUUUAUUGACAGCAAAGAUGCCAGUGAAACUCCAGGUUGUAGAAAGCUGGAUGAUGUCUUGGAGAAAAUUGGAGGAUUUGGUUUGUACCAAAAAUGGAUAUUUGUCUUAACUUGUUAUCCAUAUUUACUGACAGGAUUCUUUAUGUUGAAUCCAGUAUUUAUUCUUGGAGUUCCAGAACAUCGAUAUGCCCUUCAUGGACAUAAAAAUGUUUAUGGUAAUAAAGGUAAGAUUAAGUUGUUUUCAGAUAUGUUAUUCUUGGAUAUGACUGUGUUUAUGAUAAAAAACAUAAGAUUAAAUAGUUUUAGAAGUACCAUUCCAGACAAGAAAAAAUUCCUAGGUAAAGCAAUGUCUAAGUUUCACAGUAAACCUGUUUUCAGAUGUGCCAUUCCUGGGUAUGCCAAUGAUACAUACAAGAUACAGGGGGAGGAGCAUCUUCAUUUGAUCAACUUGACCAUACCAAGAUCUACAGUAGAAGGCAGAGAGUAUGACAGAUGUCAAAUAUUUCAGUACCACAACAACAGCCUGAGAUUUAACUGGUUGAAUACAACAGACAGCAGGCCAAUGGUGAAGUGUAACAAGUGGGUGUAUGACAGAACAGUAUUCACAAACACAUUUGUAGCUCAGGUAGAUCUGGUGUGUGACAAGGAGAUAUGGGUUGCAAAUGCAGGAAUGAUCUUCUAUGCAGGAAUGCUACUUGGUUCUAUGGCAAGUGGGGUGCUAGCAGACAGACAUGGACGUAAACCUGUGAUGUAUAUGUCAAUAUUGGUUAUGACAGCAGCUUCUAUUGGUCUGGCAUGGGUUACUGUGUACUGGCUGUUCUGUUUGCUCGAGUUCAUUAUUGGAGCUGCAUUAGUUGCAUCAUUUAUGCCUGGAUAUAUCAUAUCUAUAGAGAUAACAAGUAGUAAGAAGAGAUUUUGGCCUGGAAUAGUUUCCAACUACCCAUAUACAGUUGGUUUACUCGUUCUAACGGGAAUCGCAUACACAGUUCGAGAUUGGUUUUAUAUAGAACUGUUCACAUCAGUUCCUGGAGUUCUCAUGAUUUCCUACUGGUGGUUGAUACCAGAGUCACCUAGAUGGCUGCUGACCAAAGGGCAUGUCAAGAAAGCUGAAGAAGUAAUAAGAACAGCUGCAAAAUGGAACAAAGUCGAACUGCCUUCUGGAGAUUUAUUUGACAAGAAAUCUGUGGAGGAAGACAAAUCUAACACCAGCUUUAUACAGCUAUUUACACACAAAAUACUGUGUGUAAGAACUGUCCUUAUAUUUUUCAACUGCCAGAUGGUUGUUUCUUUGGCAUACUUUGGGCUUGCUUUAAACUCUGGCAACUUGAGUGUAGAUCUUUAUCUCAACUUUGGUUUAUCAGGACUUGUUGAGUUCCCAGCAUAUCUCAUAGCGACAUACAUUGUGGAACGUUUCGGGCGCAGAAUUUCAUAUUGUAUUUCAAUGGUUAUUGGAGGAAUUUCAUGUAUUUCAACAAUCUUCUCAAUAAAUUAUGCUCCAGAACGUACUGAUGUAAUAACACUGGUUCUGGCUCUGAUUGGCAGACUGUGUAUGACUGCAGCAUUCUGUAUAGAAUAUAUACAUGGUGCUGAACUGUUCCCAACUGUUGUACGUAAUGCAGGAAUGAGUGGAGCCUCAUUGUUUGCCAGGGCAGGGACAAUGAUAGCACCUUACAUUGCCAUCUUGGGUGAGUCAAUAGGUGGCACACUUGGAGAAACCUUACCCCUGGUAAUAUUUGGAGCUGUAUCAUUGAUAUCUGGAAUAACAUCAUUAUGGUUACCAGAAACACUCAAUAGAAACCUGCCGGAGACUAUAGAAGAUGGUGAAAAGUUUUUAAGGAGGAAAACUGAGUGUGCGCCGACUAGUACUGACUGA